UCAGCAAGCAUGCCUCGAGGGAUGAGCGAGCAUGCAUAUCCGGAACAUUCGAAAUCGGUGGAGGUCUAUAAUUGAUCUCGAGCUGCUCUCGCUGCUCCCAAGAUCCUCUAUUUUGAGCUUGUUGGGCGAGCCGCGAGAAGCGUUUCCCUCGCCGAGCUAGCGAGGACUAUCUUCUCUCGUCCGAAUCUACCUACUCGCUCCCAAGAGGAGUGAAUAUUACGGCCCAGAAAUGCCUCUCACCAAAGAAGAAGAGCGCGCCAUGAUGAUGGGCCAAGAACUACCAGGCAAAAAAGGGAAGCUGGGACUCGUGUCCGGCGUCUACAUCCCAGUAUGCCUCAACAUCCUGAGCAUCCUCAUGUUCUUGAGGUUCGGCCUCAUUCUGGGUCAAGUUGGUCUCCUGGGCAUACUAGGCCUCCUGAUCAUUGCCUAUCUCAUAGACUUUGUCACGACUCUGUCCCUGUCUGCCAUUGCAUCCAAUGGUGAAGUCAAGGGUGGCGGGGCCUACUACUUGAUCUCUCGAUCUUUGGGACCCGAGUUUGGUGGCUCCAUUGGUAUUCUGUUCUACCUGGCCCAGGUUCUCAACACGGCACUCAACGUCGUCGGCUUGAUCGACUGCCUGAAACUGAACUUGGGCUCGGUGAUGCCUCACGGGUACUGGUGGAACUAUCUCUUCGAAACUGUGGCCCUGCUUAUCUGCACCCUCCUUUGCCUGGCUGGGAGCAGCAUCUUUGCCAGGGCGAGCAACGCCCUGCUCGUCAUCCUCACCAUUUCCAUCCUCAGCAUCCCAUUUUCCGCCUUGUUUAUGCGCCCUUUCCAGGACCCCAGCCUCGGGAUCGAUUUUACGGGCUUCAGCUUGGAUACACUACGCUCAAACCUCUUACCGCACUGGUCCGGGGAAGAGUACAAAGGCAUGGAGACCUUUCGAGAGCUCUUUGGUAUUCUAUUCCCUGCAACAUCGGGUAUUUUUGCCGGAGCCUCCAUGUCGGGGGACUUGAAGGAUCCCAGCAAGGCCAUUCCAGUCGGAACCUUGCGGGCAAUGCUGUCAACCUUCAUCGCAUACCUGCUUGUCAUCUUAUCGCUGGCCGCCAGUACAACUCACGCAUCGCUUCUCGGGGAUCAGAAUAUCAUCCAGGAUACGAAUAUCUGGGCACCCCUAAUCUUCGCGGGGGAGUGUGCCACGACCUUCUUCUCGGCUCUGAUGGGAGUUAUUGGCUCCGCCAAACUGCUACAGGCUCUGGCCAGGGACAAGCUCUUUCCGGGCCUGUCUCUCUUUGGAAAGGGGACGAAGAAAGCUGAUGAGCCUUUUCUCGCCAUAUUCCUAACGUACGUGGUCGCUCAGUUUGCCUUGUUUGCCAACCUGAACCAGAUCGCCACUUUCAUCUCGAUGGGCUAUCAGAUGACAUUCUUCGUCAUGAACCUCGCCUGCUUCCUGCUCAAGAUCGGUUCCGCACCGAAUUUCAGACCAGCUUUCAAGUUCUUCACGUGGCAGACGGCCUUCGCUGGCAGUGUGCUGUCAGCAGCUGCCAUGUUCUUCAUCGACGAGACAUACGCUACCACUGCCGUGUGCCUUCUUGUCUUCCUCUUCCUUCUCAUCCACUAUCUGAGCCCACCGAAACACUGGGGCGAUGUUUCCCAGAACCUCAUCUAUCACCAAGUCAGGAAAUACCUGUUGCGCCUCAAACCAGAACAUAUCAAGUUCUGGAGGCCCCAGAUAAUUCUGCUCAUCAACGACCCCAGGCGAAAUACCCGACUGAUACAGUUUUGCAACUCCAUGAAAAAGGGCUCCCUUUAUAUACUGGGACACGUUAUCGUAACGGAUGACUUUGCUGCGGGUGUCCACGAGGCAAAGCUUCAGCAGGCUGCCUGGACUCGGUAUAUUUCCGAGUACUCGAGGAUCAAAGCCUUUGUUCAGCUUACCAUGUCCCCUUCCAUAACUUGGGGGGUCAGAAGUUUGAUUCUCUCAUCCGGGCUGGGCGGAAUGAGGCCGAACAUCGCCGUGCUUGGAUUUUACAACAUGGACGAGCUGAGGGCGUCGAUGACGUUUACCGGGAUCCCCAACCUGCCCACGUCCCCAGUAUCACCAAGGGCCCCCAGAGGCGAUGAGAAAACUACUCGCAGGAGACGAGGCGAUACAUCUGCUCGCUUGUUGGAGGGCUUUCUACCCACCGACGUCAUACGGACGGAGGAAAUGAUGCACGUCACAAGCUACCUGACUAUACUGGAGGAUCUGGCGUUGAGGUAUCGACUCAAUGUUGCAGUCGGGAAGGGUUUCGAGACACUGGAGACACCUCGGAGGGAUGGCAGCAAUUCAAAGAAAUACAUUGACUUGUGGCCUAUCCAAAUGUCCGCCGAACUGUCCGCAGAGGGCAAGAGUGUGUUGACCACGAACUUUGACACAUAUACGCUAAUCCUCCAGCUGGGCUACAUUCUUCAAACGGUGCCCGGUUGGAAGCGAGUCUAUAACCUGCGAGUCCUUGUGUUCGUCGAGUACGAAAGCGAGGUUGAGGAAGAACGCGGUCGAGUCAGGGCUCUCCUUGACAAACUGAGGAUCGAAGCCGAAGUGCUCGUCUUCUGGCUGGCGUGCGGUCAGCUUGGGACUUACGAGAUGAUAGUACACGGCCAGCCCGGCUCGGACGACACGGAGGAUGUCGUCAACGAGUGCUUGAAAGACGAUGAAUGGUGGGGCGAUCUACAGAGCUUUCGGGGCUCCUCUCACGACACGAUGAGCGUAUCACAGGAGUUGGCUUCCAUUGCCAACGUCAUGGGAUCGACAACGGCACGGCCCGGCGUGUAUAACCCUCAUGCCAGCCAAGGACAAGGGUCAGACCGACGACGGGCCAGUACGGUAAUCCUAGCUGACCUCCCAAAGAAAUCGACCGUUUCCGAACUGGCAAGGUUGGGUGUAAAUAUGGGGAUACAUACCCAGAACCUCCCGUCGAACGUGUUUGACGACUCCGACACCGAGCACGAGAGUGGGAGCGAUAGCGAUAACGAGUCUUCGGAAGACAGCAAUCUAGGCGCUUGUUUCAACGAUGCCGGAAGCGUGGCAAGUGAAGGCGACCUCGACGAUACGGAACCCGCAAGGCGUCCCUUGCUUUCGCUGGCCAACAGGCGGAAGAGCCUUGGAGAUAUUCUGGACCGGCCAAGGGGCCCGGAAAGGAGAGAAGAGCGGAAGGGCAAAGGCCGUGGCCUGGGCGUCCCGACAGGGGACUCUUAUGGGACCAUGUCCAAACCCGCACAUAGGAGGGGCGAGGACACCGAGGAUCUAUUUCCAACUUUAGCGCCACCGUCGAAGACUCAGAGAACCUCGGGAACUGUGUCGACGCGGUCGCUCAGCCCGGAGAAGUUGGCUCGCAGGGGAAUGAGGUCCGAUACGCCAUCUCUCCGACCUGAAAGGCCACCACUUUCUCGACAGGGAUCGUCGGCCAUGAAAUUCUCUAGCAUGCUUGUCCCAGAGACAAAAAUCACCAACGAGGAAGGCUCAGAGCCCAGGAUUAUGUUUGCAAACUCGCAGACCACCGGGACACCCCGUGAACGACCUCCCUUUUCCCGCCAUUCUUCCACAGGGCGCUUCUCCAGCAAGCCGAUACCCGAGGCGAAGAUAACCGAGGACCCUGCGGGUGGCGGGCCCUCUGUUUCCUUCGCCGAGCCGGAAGCGAGGUCUCAAAAGGCGUCAGUCUCCAGAAGGCCCGGCGACGGCGAUGCGCAGGUCAACAUAGCCGACUUGAUCUCAUCCCGCUCAUUCGUGGCAAGGGAAGAAGACGGCGACAGGAGCGGGUCAAGCUAUUCUACCCAGGGAUUCCCGCUGUCCUUCAACGACCUCCCGAGCCGCGCCCAGCAUCUCAUUCUCAACGAGCUCCUCCGUCAGAAUAGCAAUGACACGGCCGUCCUGUUCACCACUCUGCCAAUCCCAGAGGAGGGGACCUGCCAAAGCGACGAGGCAAGCGUCCGCUAUCUCUCUGACAUUGAGGUGCUCUGCAAUGGGUUACCCCCUGUUUUGCUCGUCCUGAGCAAUAAUAUGACAUUCACGGUAAGCCUGUGAUUGCAGCUUGUGGUCGGGGAGGGGAGAUCAUGCAGCUUUCAAAGAGUAUCACGGAAUCACUGAGAUACCGGGGACUUGAUGCCGAGAAACCUUGCCAUGCGGGUCAUGGUGGUUUUGAACAGAACAAAGGAGAGACUCGAACUUCGGAAGUGGCGAGCGCCAUGUACGUUGACGGGUCAAGGGGGUUCUUUAUUGUCCUAUAUGCGAGGAAUAAAUUG